AAGAUUGCUCAGCUUGCAUCGUAUUGGUGCCGAGAGGCACAGUGUCACGCUUUACCGUCGUAUGAGUCGUUUAUCAUGUCCUUGGUUCCAUGGCUGCUACACUGGUUGAGGGACAUUCACCUGCUCGAGAACGAAGCAGGACAACCGCUGGAAUGGAAGAGUGCGCUGAACGGAAGCCAAUGUCGUCCAAGCCGUUCAACUUAUCCGCCAUUUCGGAAGAGAUUCACGAAGACGACGUCUGUCCGAUAUGUUAUUCUUUGCUUCACAAACCUGUCACCACAACAUGCAACCACACCAUGUGUGAGCUCUGCCUCAACACGUGGGCAGAUUUGACCGUCAUUGCAUACAUGAACGCGGUAGGAUUGGACGAAGAUACGCCAGAGGUAUUACUGCCUAAUCUAGUUGAAAGUUCAUGCCCAAUGUGCCGGUCAAGUUCGACGGCAGUGCCAAACCAAGACAAAGAACAACAAUUGAAAGCAAGGUAUCCGAGAAGCUACAGGCGUCGCCAGGCGGAAUCUGAGGAAUUUGAAGCCAAUGAAUCGAGCGAUAGCGUGAAGCCGUUGACGAUCUAUGUUGGAAACACGCAUCGACUGGUUCGCGUAGGAAGCGAUAAUGAGGAGACUCGCAACAGGCACGAAUGGAACUUUUUUGUACGACCCUCUAGGCACGAUCUCAUAAAAGAGGUACAUGUGCACUUGCACCCCACGUUCCGCAACCCGCGUCUGAUCCUCCAGUCUCCGCCUUUCCAGGCUCGUAGAUUGGGCUGGGGCUGCUUCACGAUAUAUGCAAGCGUCAUUCUUAAAGCUGGCUACUGUUGGCUUCGCAACGAUGCAGAAGAUACAACAAACGGGGCGUCAAAGGCAUCAUUACCGAUCGAGUGGCUUCUCGACUUCAACAACGGGGGCAGUCAAAAAAGAUGCAGACUAAAAGUACAGGGUGAGGGAGAAAGGAAAGAGGAUAAGAAGAAGACAAGAGUAGCAACAGACAAGAUGAUCAGCCCUCCAAGGACGAGCUCAUCUUGAUUGACUUGGCGAGCAUAAUGAACAUCGAUGCUAGCAACGUACUUCCAUAUCGAGAGGUGGACAAAUACUUCGAAGUAUAUCCAUGAAGUAGUUUUCUAUAUAAACUGAGAGCCUUCAAGCUUACACUCACACAUAUCUCUCCAUUUUAGAUACUGUUCAGUAACAAAUGGUUUACAUGUUGGCUCUCCUCUGCCUCUAUUAG